AUGGUGGGAAGUGUUGCAAAGCCUGUACUUAAUACAUCUCAUAAUCAUGAAGGCCUAACUGCCAAUUGCAAGGAACCUGAGAGACUCUAUACAAAUGAAACUUGUUGCACUGCGCUGAAUAAAGAAUUGCCUGUUCCUCUCCUGUCUGUCUCUCAAAUAGAUGAAGGGUGCACGGUGUGGUACGACAGUGAGCCAGUUGUUCACCCAAGGUUGCACAUAGACUAUAUGCAGCCCCUUAUAGCUAUUAAGAUGCAGAGCAACAACACAGUCCAACCAGUUCAGAAACUUGUUCAAUAUCUACGACUCACUAAGUCCGACACAGAGAUCGAACUCUUGAAAACGGCUGCAAAGGUCACCUCCGAGGCAUUCAUCAGCACCAUGUUCUCAACCAAGGCUCCAGUUGAUGAGGCCUAUCUUUAUGCAAAGUUUGACUUUGAGUGCCGAGCUCGUGGGGCGGACCUCUUGGCCUACCCUCCAGUGGUAGCUGGCGGCAAUCGCUCCAAUACACUGCAUUAUGUGAAAAAUAACCAAAUGAUUAAGGAUGGGGAGAUGGUCUUACUGGAUGGUGGCUGUGAGUAUUCUGGCUACGUCAGUGAUGUCACUCGCGUUUGGCCCAUCAAUGGAAGAUUCACAGGACCCCAAGCUGAGCUGUACCAGGCUGUCCUUGAUGUACAGAAGUCUUGCCUAAGCCUCUGCACUCCUGGUAUCAGUCUGGAAAAUAUCUACACUUUCAUGCUGACCAUGCUCGUGCAAAAGCUGAAAGACAUGGGGAUCCUGCAGGAGAACUCUAAUCAGCAUGAUGCUUACAAGGUUGCUGUCAAUUACUGCCCACACCACGUCGGACAUUAUCUGGGAAUGGAUGUCCACGACACGCCAGGCAUCUCCCGGUCUAUAGCCCUCCAACCUGGGAUGGUGGUGACGAUCGAACCUGGAAUCUACAUCCCAGAAGACAACACAUCAGCUCCAUCAAGAUUCCGAGGAAUGGGAAUUCGGAUUGAGGAUGACGUUUUGAUAACAGAAGAGGGGCCAACUAUUCUGUCUGCAGAUUGUCCCAAAGAAUUACAUGAAUUAGAACAGAUCUGGACUGACCAUUAGCAAGCAGCCCUUGCACUGAUGCCUCCAUAAUUUAUAAUGAAAUGCUGUAAGGGACAAGAAGGUUCCCAGUUAAUGCUGCAACUCCAUUCAAUGUUAUAGCUCUGCAAAGGUAGGUUGUGAUGCUAUCAUAUCACAGUAUUUUAGCCUAUUCAGAUAUGUAAAACUCGGAACAGUAUUUAUCUAUCCUCCAGGACAGAAGAUUAUAUAACAAGACACUGGAACGACACUUAAGAACUUUAUUUUAAAAUUAAAAUGAAGGACAAAUAUUGGCUGGUGAAUCAAAUUUGUGCUGCACAGACAUGGAAUAAUUGGGCACUUUGAUCCCCAGUAACAGCCAGUUGUGAGAUGAAGACUCUUGGUCAAGUUGGAAACUAAACAUGGAAGAUUUCCUCUCUGACUUCAGAUUGUAGGAGAUGAUGGUUACUGUGUGGCACACCAGGUACUCCACCUGGAUUUCCACUCUGAUAUCAACUACAGUUAGGAACCCAUUUAGCUCUCCUUUAAACAUUUGGUGUUGAUCGUCAUAAGCCUUCAACUCCCUCCAAACCCUUCUCUGUAGAACAGAGGUUUUUUAAUCGUAAUCUCUCCCAACUAUUAUUUUGGAAUUUUGAUAGCUGGUUUAUGACCUCAACCUGUUUAAACUCCUGUACUGAUGAUGUGUGUUAGUGAAAUGCUGGUGUGGUGCUGAGUUGUACUGAGUGGAAGUGCUGUUCAACGUUAGCAGAAUUAUGUUGUACUGCCAUCAGGUCAUUAGAUUUGGUGAUUGUACCACUUGGUGAGAGAAAUAAAAAACGAUCAGGGUUACUGUUCUGGAUCCAUGACCGGUGCUCCCUCUAACAUCUGUUUGAUGUGUGCAGCUGCUUGUUGCACUGCAGAGUCCCACUGAAAUUGAUCUGCAUCUUAAAGAGAAUGUUUCUUGCAUGCAGCCUGUUUAUUCCCUGUGCUUACAUAUUCCUGUCUGCCCAUCUGUACAGCACAGGGGACACAUUGCCUGUGUCCAUGCUAGAAAUUAUGUGUUUGCGUAAGUUCAGAAAGGUUGUCAUAUCUUUCUAAGUGAAAAACCCUUCAGAUGCUAUCAUCUUGUGGAGACAGGACAAUUGGAUUGGGUGCUAAAGGUCAUCAGGAGCUUGACAUUAAGGGGCUUCUAUCAGGAGUUGAGGGUUGUUCUUUUUAAAUAGUGCUUUAGAAGCAAUGCAGGAUAUUACAGAUUGGUAUCUAUACUUAUACAUAUCUGAGAGUCCAAAACAUUUAAAUGUAACUGUGGUCUAACAUGCCAUAUGUUAGUGUGGCAGUUAAUAUUUUUCAUUAAAUAACUGAGUUUUUAAGCAACCUUUCAUUCCAGUAAAUUAGUAAUCAAGAUUAGAAUUCUUAAACAAGGAACCACCUCAUUAAUCGAUAUGUUAUUAUGUGUCAAUCACAGCAACUUUAGUCUUACCUAUGUGUAGUAUUUUUAUAAGUUGUAUUGACAAAAGUUUGUUGAAAAAAUGGCACAAAACAUUAAAAAAAAACUAG